AUGAAAGCACGAGAGGAGAGGAAGUCAUUUCAAAGAACCACAGACCCUGCCAAGAAGUGAUGGAGGAUUUAAGAGCAGCGUAAGAUGUCUGCCACUGCUGGAUCAUGGGGGACCCCCCCCCCCUGAUUGGAGACACUGAGUUCUGAAUCUGGAAAAUUAGUGUAAGAGACGACCACCCACCUGCUCACCUGUACUGCUGUCGCCCCCUCCCUCCACUUUCAAGGGGGUAGUGAUGUUCUGUUACAUGAGCUCACACCUGAAAGAGGAAGCAGCCACUUCUGGUUAGCUAUUUCUGUGCCGUUUAACCUAAAACGUGUUUGAUGGAGCAUUUCUCACUGAAGCUGGUUAGGACUGGACGUUUGAACCAUGAGGCCUGAUCCCUGGCUGACCGUCCUGGGGGGCUUUAUUCUGGCAGGGCUUCUUCUGCCCCUGAAAGCUGAUGGGAGACCAGAUCCUUCCCAGCCCAACCAGCCAGACCAGGAGAGAGGGGGCACAAGACCACCGGACCAGGGGCACCCCUGGCGAAAGGACCAACACAGCAAGAGUGAGGGGGGGCACCCAUCCACCCAGUCAGGUGAAGAUGGUUGUUCUGAUGAAGUUAGAGUUCAACGUAACACAAAACAUGACGUUGUCCAAGGAGAAGAACUCAGGAUUAGAUGUCCUGUUGUUUUCUGCAGCCAAACACCACCAACAGUUGUUUGGUAUAAAGUUGAUGAACCUCAGAUUCAGAUCAACACCAGCAGCAGCAGAGGAAUGAAAAUAGUCUGGGAACAAACUAAAAAGUUGGAGGGAACCUCCUUUUUGGUUUUUGAAAGGAUCCAUAGAAAUAAUUCAGGUCUGUAUCGAUGUGCACUGAAAGGCACCAUUGGACAUAGCAUUACAGUUCAACUCUAUGGUCAAAAUGAAACCAAAACCAUCACAACAAAAACUGCAAAUCACACAACUGAAGCACCUAAUAAAGAUGCUGAAAAAUUCUGGACUUAUCUGUACUUUGUUCCUGGGAUUGUUCUGUUUGUCGUCAUGGUCAUAAUCAUAUCCAUCGUCUCCAUGAGGGGCUGUAGAGUCAAACCAAAGGAGACUCAACCUGAAAACCAGUACGCAUCCGUCCCAAUGGUGGAACUAUCCGGACACCUCCAGCUCUCGGCGAGAGGAAGCCCCGUUGUGCCGCCGGGUCGAAGGUUGACAAAGAGGCGGCCAGGGGAGUCAACCCCGUCAGGAAACAACCAGCAGCUUCAUCCCCCCAUGAGUCAGGACAGGAACAGACAAAGGGGUGUGGACACAGAAGACAACACCUCUGGUGUUCUUUAUGUGACUCUCAACCUGCAGCAGAGGCCUGGAGGUCGCACAGCGAGGACAGAAGAGCCGCCGUCGGAAUACGCCGCUAUCCGAGUGAAAUGAGGAGCUGGGAUUGUUCUGGAGGACCGUCUCACAGCAGGGAUACCGAAAAUCUGAACGCUGCCGACGGACGAGGAGGCAGCGUUUUUCUGAUCAACACGUCCUGUGCGUCACCUCAAACGAGAUCAAAAUUAGCUCACAGGAAGUUCAUUUCUAGUUGAAGCUAACCCACCAUCAGAUACAAAGUAAACCACAGACAUUUUUUUAAAAACCCAAAAAUUUGAUGAUAAUUCUUUGGCUUGAGGCUGAGAUGUUGCUGUUGUGGUUAACACGUCAUGUCGGCAAACGGGUGUUUUUAUAACAGAGUCUGACCAACUUGUUUGACUGGGGCAAGAAUGAAAAACAAUUUCCACACCUUUCUUUGGUUCGGUUUCACAUUACACUUCUGAAGGUGGACCAAUGUUUCUGGACAAAGUCGAGCACAAAUAACAGGAAACAAGAGGAAAAAUGUUGAAGAAGAUGAAGAAACAAUAAAUGCAAGAUCCUCCAAGUCUUUUAAAACCCCCUGACCCUUAUGACCCUCAAGAUCCCCACAAGAUCCUGAAAAUUCUCAUAAACCUCAGUACCCCCUUUGAGCCUGAUAAUUCUCACAAUCAUAGACCCUGAUGAUCUCUUUGAUCCUCACACUCCUUGUGAUCCUUUUUAUCUUCAUUACCUGAUCCUCACAAUCUUUCUGCUCCUCAGGAUCCUUGUGAUCCCAAUGCUGUUGUCCUAAUGCUCGCCAACAACGCUUAUUUCAACAUUUUAUCUCUUAACUGUUACGGGUCGCUGGUGGAGAUUAACCCAGGAGCUGGAAGACAUUUGAAAGAUUUAAUAACAGAGAACCAAAGCACAUAGGCCAAAUACAAAAGACAGUCCAACAUAGAACAGAACCGCUUUAAAAAAGGAGCACAAAUGGGACAAUUUCAGGCAGCUGGGAGCAACUCCCAAAGAAAUUAGGGGGGUGGGGCCUACAGGAGAAACCCAGAACCAAAAAACCAAAACAUAACAUUAGCUCUUCUUAUUUCUCUUGAACAGCAGCUUAAGUGAGUUCCUCUUUUAUGGUCCGGUUACAGCCGCACUGCAGUCGAGCCACACCAGGGUUCACUUGCAUCCGAGCAAAAUCCUGAAUUUCAGACAUCCUAAUUGGCUAGUUUGGUGUGUAUCAGAGUUCAGGUGAGCUCUCACACCUGCCCUAACAGAACUAGAGCCAGAACCAGCUGAGGACAGGCGGUCCUGGUGUGAACCCAUCCUGAAAGACUACAACGUGUUUUUAGAACAAACUACUGAACACGCAGCAACAAAAAAGAUUCUGUCUCAGUGAUCUGAGAAGAUAAAUGUUAGGAAACACAUAAAGUUUUACCACUAAAGGAUCACAAUCUUUGGACUAGAAUUUCCCAGUAUUUAUGUUGCACUUGAUUCAUAUUUUUGUUCCCUUUAAGUCGCAAAACUGCCUUCCAGGCCCUUUUUUAGCAUCAAACAUUACAAAUUGCCAACAUAAUUCCCUUUUUCAGACAAGAUUUCUGCUCCAAAUGCUUUAAAUUAAAAUUCUGGCCUUUGAGACUCAGAUUUGUGCCACAAAAGUGAGAAAUAUUUAGUCAUAUGUUUCUCAAAUCUGUCAGGAUUUAUUCAUAAAUCAGAAGAAACUGAAUAGAAGCUCCAAAGGGGAUUCAAAUGUCAUUCAUGGGAGAAAGUAUAAAAUGUCAUCACACAUCUCUGGAUCUUUAAGAAAAUAUUUCUCAUAUCUGGGGAAGUCAGAAGAAUUUCAGGUUUAUGCAAAUCUCCUGCUAAGGUACCUGUAAAGAUAAAUGUUACUGUAAAUCCCACACUGGUGCGUGGGAAUAUGACCAAUAUUUGAGUCAUUUCUUAAUAUUUUGGUAUUUUACCCUUCACUCUCACAAACAGGAAUCGAGACAUUUCGGUUUGUGUUUUUUUUUGAAGUGAAACCGUGCUGACGGUUCCAGCAUCACUUACAUUUUCCUGCAUGAGUCACCUGCAGAAAAACGACAACCCCUGAACUCAGCGGGGCGCGGACAGGACCCUGCAGAACUCCGUGUUUCCAGACAAGGUUCAGACUUUCACACCCAGACGUGGAAAAACUGUGAAAUCAGGCUUAAAAAUGUGAAUAUUAAGCUUAUAUGAAGCUUUUUUUUUUUAACUUUGGAAACUGGUGAUGAUUAAUUUUCCUUCUGUGAUUUCAUGCUUUUGCACAUCUCUGACUAGAAUACGCAGAACUUCUUUAUUUUUUACAACCUUAUCUGAUAAAUAGAUGAAUAGGGAACGUGUGAUUAGUCAUUUUAUAUAAGUAUACGCCAUUUACCAUUCUGUGCAAUCAAGCAUCUAAAGUUGAUUUUUCUUUUUAAAUUAAACUGCCUCUUGUGUUCCUUGAAGUGAAACCAAGUUUGAAAAUGUGGAAGCAGAAGCGACGCCUUGAAAAUAAACUAUUCCCAGA